AUGCCAAGACACCAAACAAAUAGAGCGAGACAUCAAAGACGCAUACGGAAUUAUUCAAACUUAGUCAAUAUUCAGAGGGUCCCUCCUGCUAACAAUAUCGUAUCUCCACAAAAUCAAUUUCUGCCCUAUAUUGCGAACAUUCCUCGACAAUCUACGGGCAACCCUACGAUAGACGAAUUUUUUAACGGCUUUUCUAGAAAUCAUGAUGCCUCUGAACGUGCCGUCGAUUUUCAAAUAGUAAAAAUGUGA